GCUGCAGUGUCGCAAAAGUAAAAGAUCUCAGUAGUUCUUCCACCGCUGAGGUAAAGUCAGUAUUACAUUACAUGAAUACAAGGACAUUUUUCCGAGGCACAUGAGAGGAGUGUGUGGUCAUGUACAAAAGCUACCAUGGGUCUACUAGGUGGCGUCUCCCCCUCACUGGGAUUAGCUGUCUUCUCUUUCAGCACUCCCUGAAUUCCAUUCCGCCUUUUAGUUUCUCGGCAGCGCUCUGUCUGCUCUAUCCCAGCGCAGGACUUCCCUGUGACUUGCAAGACCGCAUUUAGUCCCACAACAAGUCCAAGUUUCGGAGUGCACGAGAGGAGAAGCACGUUCGGAGUCCCCUCCGAGUCGAUAUUUCACGUCUGUGCGCAAAAGCAGCGCGAAAAGGAUCCUUUUUUUUUCCUCUUUUCUUUUUUUUUCCUUUUUUUUUUUUUUUUUACCUGUUGAUGAAGUCCCACCGGGCGUGGGGCGCAGAGGAGCAGCCGGGUUUCUUCACAGAGAAGAAAAGUCUGAAAACGGUGCAGAUAUCACACCGCUCCAGUGGCCAGGAGGAGUGAAGGACCUCGGGUUUUUCCUUUUUUCCCCAGCAUUUGCAGCCUAUGCUGGGUUGGUGGAAAAUGGGCACUCCGACCACUUCGAUCUGUGGACUUAUCCUCUUCUUGAUACUCACAUGCCAGCUGGUCACUGUGACUCAGGCUUCCAAGGUGUGGGGAGAGGUCCCUCUGCCAGAAGACUUGGAGGCAGAGAAAGAUGUCAAGGCGUCACAGAGCUUACUGGACGAUGACGAGGACUUUGCUGCUGAUGAAGCCUCAGGAGAUCUGCCCAGUGGAGAGGAUGAUGGAAGUGCACCAUGGCCUCCGGUCCCUGAGAGCACAAAACACUGGUCGGACCCUUCAUAUGUGGGGAACAUACAGAGCCCAGUCGAGCAAGAAUACAUUUAUUAUUACAGAGCUCUUGUCAACUUCACCGACUCCCUGGUCUACGGCCCUGAGCUUGAAGACAUCUUCUCUCCAGCCUUUAAUGAGAUCACUGAAGCAGUGGUGGACACGCUGGAGUCGGAGUACAACAGAAUUCCAGGUGUCCAGACAGUCAGCGUGGUCCUCAUUAAGAAGGUUAUAAGAGACGAUGGUGUGGAUGUAUUUGUCGAGUUGGAUGUGGGGUCUGACUACAACAGCAAUGAAGAACAGAUCCGCAGCGUGCUCUACAAUGUGGUGAAGGAGGGAGCCAUUGCUUCCUACGUAACAUCAGUCCAGGGCUUUCAGUUCAGACAGCUUGGAGAAGUAAUCCCCAGCAUCAGACCAUGCAUGCCAGAUGAGCACAGGUGUGGUGAUGGGACAUGUAUCCUGAUGGAAUACCUGUGUGACAACAGACCAGACUGCAAAGACAUGAGUGAUGAGACCAAUUGUGAUGUAAAAAGGCCGGUCGCUCCAGUCACCCCAGCUCCUGGGACCACAACCACCGCCAAGAAGCCCCCACGCCCCCCCGUGCUACCUGGACCCUGCAGAGCGGAUCAAGCCACAUGCCAGAGCGGAGAGUGUAUCCCUCGAGACUACAUCUGUGACGGAGAGAGGGACUGCUCGGAUGGAAGUGACGAGUUCAGAUGUGGUACUCCGUCUCCCUGUGAACCUAAUGAGUUCAAAUGUAAAAAUGGUCGCUGUGCCCUCAAGCUGUGGCGCUGCGAUGGCGACAACGACUGUGAGGAUAACUCAGAUGAAACAGACUGCCCCACCAAGGGUCCUGGUGACAGGUGUGCUCCUGAGCAGUUUGAAUGCCUGAGCGAUCGCACCUGCAUCCCAGCUAGUUACCAGUGUGAUGAAGAGCCAGACUGCCCUGACCGCUCUGAUGAGUACGGCUGCACCCCUCCCUCUGUGACAAGCCCGCCAGAGGAGUCCAUUCAGGCAGCACGGGGGGCGACGGUGACAUUCACCUGUCAGGCUGUCGGAGUGCCAACUCCCAUCAUCACCUGGAGGCUUAACUGGGGACACAUUCCUGUCAGUGGCAGGAUCUCCAUGACCAGCGAGAAUGGGCGUGGCACCCUCACCAUUCGUGACGUGAAAGAGGCAGAUCAGGGGGCAUACACCUGUGAGGCCAUCAACGCUAAAGGCCUGGUGUUUGGUAUCCCUGAUGGAGUGCUAACUCUCACAUCGAAUCCAAACCCAGGCAACUGUCCUGAUGGUCACUUCAGUGUGUCGGGCCGCUGUGUGCCCUGCUUCUGUGCUGGAAUCACCAAGAACUGCAAGAGCACUGGCCGCUACCGCAACCAGAUGAGUCUGCGUUUCACUGAGGAGGACGACUUUAAAGGAGUGAAUGUCACUUACCCAUCCAGACCAGGCACUCCUCCUCUCUCCUCCACUCAGAUCCUCAUCAACCCUGAAAUGGAAGAGUUCCAGCUUGUUGAUCUGUCGCGUCGUUUCCUUAACCUUGACUCCUUCUGGACCUUGCCACGCCACUUUCUGGGCAACAAGAUCGACUCCUAUGGAGGAUCCCUGAAGUUCAAGGUGCGGUACACAUUGGCCCGCGGUCUGUCUGAGCCUGUGGAGAAGCCGGAUGUGAUACUUGUUGGAAAUGGACGCAGGCUCGUGUACCGCAGAAGUGGUGCCACCCCUGCCCGAGUGGUCAACCAGAAAGAUAUAAAAUUCACUGAAGAUAACUGGCAGCACUCCAAUGGCCGGUCUGUGAGCCGCGAGGAUCUGAUGAUGACACUGGCCAACCUGGACAGCAUCAGCAUCCGCACCAUCUAUGACGACCACAUGGUCAGCGUGGCGCUCAGUGAUAUCGUCAUGGAUACCACCAGCGUGGAGUUCAGCACUAUGGGUCAUGCUAAGAAUGUUGAAGAGUGCAGAUGUCCUCCUGGAUAUGCAGGCCUGUCCUGUGAGAUGUGUUCCCCUGCUUUCGAGCGUGUCCCUGGUGGUUCCUAUCUUGGCACCUGCGCCGGCUGUAAUUGUAAUGGACAUGCCACCGCCUGUGAUCCAAUCAGCGGGCACUGUCUGAGCUGCCAGCACAACACAGAGGGCCCUCAGUGUGACAAGUGUCGCCCCGGCUACUUUGGUGACCCGAGUCGAGGUCGCCCCGAUGACUGCAAACCCUGCCCCUGCCCAUACUAUGAGACCUCACGCCGGUUCUCUGACACCUGCUUCUUGGAUACUGACCAACAGCCAACAUGUGAUGCCUGCAGGCCCGGCUACACAGGAAGACGCUGUGAAAAGUGUGCUCCUGGUUUCCAGGGUAACCCCCUUCUACCUAAUGGAAAAUGUGUUCCUAACCAAAACUCCAAGUGUGAUAACAGAGGAACCAUCAACUCCAACAGCAGGCCAUGCAGCUGCAAGAACAAUGUGGCAGGCGCUCUGUGUGAUGGGUGUAAGGCCGGGUUCUUCCACCUAUCAGAGGCCAACCCUGAUGGCUGUCUGCGUUGUUUCUGUAUGGGCGUCACCAAACAGUGCGCCAGCUCCACUUGGAAUAGAGAUCAGGUGCGGGGAGGAGUAAACGGGCAGCUCUUUUCCCUCUCCAACAGUGCCAACACUAAAACUAUCUCUGAAGGCAUCUCCCAGAGGGGCUCCUCUGAAGUUGUCUACCGCUCCUUCUCCAGCGUCCCCAAUGACAUCUACUACUGGGUCCUGCCUGAGAGCUUCAGAGGAGAUAAGGUGACAGCCUAUGGUGGGGAGCUUCGCUACACCGUGCGUUUUGAACCAUCUCAGCGCUCACUUGUGAUUGACGGUCAGCCAGAUGUGGUUCUCCAGGGCAAUGGCAUCUUCUUGGAACACUACUCACAGACCAAGGCCCUCCCACGUGUCCCACAAACUAUCACUGUGACCUUCAGAGAGUCUGCAUGGCGUCGUGCUGAUGGGCAGCCGUGCACUCGUGAGCACCUCCUGAUGGCUCUGGCUGAUGUUACUGUCUUCAUGAUCAGGGCCACCUACGCAGACAACAUGGCUGAGAGCAGUAUCUCAGACAUCAGGAUGGACAUUGCUGUUCCUCACUCUACUGGUAGUGAACGUGCUCUGGAGGUGGAAGAGUGUGCCUGCCCUCAGGGAUACAGAGGACCUUCUUGCCAGGAGUGUGAUGAAGGUUAUACUCGCACCAGCUCUGGCCUUUACCUGGGCACUUGUGAGAGGUGCGACUGCAACGGACACGCCAGCAGCUGUGACCCGGAGACUGGCAGGUGUCUGCAAUGUCUACAUAACACUGCCGGGCCAAGGUGUGAACGCUGUCAGAAUGGUUUCUAUGGAAACCCUGCAACGGGUGGUGCCCAGGCCUGCCAGCCCUGCCCCUGUCCUGGAACUGCAUCCAGCAACCAAUUCUCCCCGACCUGUUACCUAGAGUCAGACGGUCAGCCAACCUGUGACAACUGCCCCCCUGGAUACACUGGUCGACGCUGUGAGAGAUGUGCUCCAGGAUACACUGGCAACCCACUGCUGGGACAGAGAUGUGUUGUUGGCAAUGAAGUCAAUGCUAACUGCUACAACUGUGACCAAAGAGGAAGUGAAGGCUGCAAUGGUGGUCUGUGCCGCUGCAAGAUGAAUGUUGAGGGCCCAUCCUGCUCCAACUGUAAGCCUGGAACUUUCCAUCUUAGCCCGGAAAACAAAGAUGGCUGCCUGUCCUGUUUCUGUACGGGUGUUACUCAGCAGUGCUCCAGCUCUACCUACUACAGAGACCUGGUAUCCUCAGUCUUUUCACCAGGGAAUUUCCAGGGAUUCGCCCUGGUAAAUCGUCAACGCACCAACCGCAUCUCUACCGGUUUCACGGUGGAGGUUUCCACUCAAGGCACUCAGCUGUCGUACAGCAACUUUGACUACCUGGGGCAGGAGCCUCACUAUUGGCAGCUUCCCGGGGCCUUCCAGGGAGACAAGUAUGCUCUGGUCCACAAAGGUUUCAGCUCGUUCCAGGAUGAUCUGCUCUACUGGCAGCUCCCAGCGCAGUUCACAGGGGAUAAGGUGGGAUCCUAUGGUGGUAAACUUAAAUACACCAUCUCCUAUGUGGCUGGUCCAGGAGGAACACUAAUUCAUGAUGCCGACAUCCAGAUCAUUGGUAACGACAUCACUCUGGUAGCUGGUCAGUCUUGGAACAGGAAUGACCUCGAAGGCAGGCAGACUAGGCCGUUUGUGUUUGUCUUCAGAGAGGAAAACUGGCGGCGUCCUGAUGGCAUGCCUGCCACCCGAGAGCACCUGAUGAUGGUUCUGGCUGAUCUGGAUGACAUCCUGAUCCGAGCAUCCUACUCCUCUGAGACGCGCUCCUCUAGUAUCUAUGAUAUCAGCAUGGAAGUUGCAGUGCCCAACUACAGUGGCUUGCCACAGGCCCUCGAGGUGGAGCAGUGCCGCUGCCCACCUGGAUACCAGGGACUGUCCUGUCAGGACUGUGCACCUGGAUAUACUCGCACUGGGGGAGGUUUGUACUUGGGUCACUGCGAGCUCUGUGAGUGCAACGGCCACUCUGAUUCAUGCCACCCUGAGACUGGCAUCUGCACGAGCUGCCUACAUAACACCCAGGGUGAGCUCUGUGAGCACUGCGCCCCAGGCUUCUUUGGCGACCCCACUGUUGGCACUCCAGAGGACUGCCAGCCCUGCGCCUGCCCUCACACUGACCCAGAAAACCAGUUCUCCCCAACCUGUGAGAGCCUUGGAAAUGGAGGCUACCAGUGUACUGCCUGUCAGCCUGGAUACACUGGCCAGUACUGUGAACGUUGUGCUCCUGGAUAUACUGGCAACCCACAGGAGAGAGAGAAGUGUCGUCCAUACGAUGCUGCAGCCUCCCUGGUGGUGAGGGUUUAUCCAGAGAGGGUCCUGGCAUCCCAGGGUGGGCCUGUCACUCUGCGGUGUCAGGUGUCUGGCUCUCCUCCACACUAUUUCUACUGGUCCAGAGAGGAUGGACGUCCCAUCUCAGGCAGUGCCGACAGACGUAGACAAGGAGCAGAACUUUACUUCCCCACUGUCCAGCCGAGUGAUGCCGGUGUCUACAUCUGUACCUGCAGAGACCAGCACAGCACCAACAGGAGCCAUGCUGAAAUUGUUGUUACAAGUGUCCCAACCAAACCCAUUGAGGUGACAGUUGAGGAACCCAAAGCCCAGACUGUCAGGGUGGGGUCUACUGUCAGCUUCAUCUGUACUGCAAAGAGCAAGUCGCCAGCCUACACUCUGGUAUGGACCCGGCUGGGUAACGGAAAGCUUCCCAACCGUGCCAUGGACUUCAACGGCAUCCUGACGAUUCAGAACGUCCAGCCCGAGGACGCUGGCGUUUACAUUUGCACUGGCUCCAACAUGUUUGCCAUGGACGAGGGCAACGCCAUCCUCUACGUGCCAGAGGCCUCACAGACUCAGAUGUUUUACACAGCCUAUGAAAUGUUUGAAGGACACAGAAAGCCUGCAGAGGGGGCCCAGCCCGUGGCCACCGUCACUCCCUCAGUGCUGAAUGUCCAGCAGGGCCAGAGGGCAGAGUUUCGCUGCACAGUGACUGGGAACCCAACCCCUGCCAUUGAAUGGAUUGGAGGUCCGGGGAACAGAAUGAGUCCCAGGGCUGUGAUAAGAGGUGGUAUAUUGACCUUCACAGCAGUGGACUCAGCUGAUGAGGGAGAAUACAUCUGCAAGGCCCUGAACACUCACGGCGAGCACACAGCACGGGCUUCCCUAUUCAUCCAAAAGUCCAACCCAAGUGGCCUAGGCACCCAGCCCCAAGUCCAAGUCAGUCCCCAAAAUAUUGAAGUCCACGAGGGUGACACCUUGAGGUUGUACUGCAGAGCAUCAGGAUCACCCACCCCAAAGCUCACCUGGCUGAAAAACGGAGGACAAAUCCCUCCACAGGCCAUUCCCUCUCACGGUUUCCAUCAGUUUAAAAGCAACAGUCUCGAUGUGUUACAGAGACGUAUUGAGGAGCUGCAGGCUCGCAUGGACCGCACAGACAUCGGUACUCUGCUCAUCCCCAACAUCAAGAUGUCCGACUCGGGCACUUACAUGUGUGUCGGCAGCAACAGCAUUGGCUCAAACAGUGCUCCCGUUAAAGUCACUGUGCUCAAAGCGGACCAUAUUUCCUCAGCUGUCAGCAUCCAGCCAUCUAUAGCUGACGUCCAGGAGGGCCAGAGUCUGGAGCUCAACUGUUUUGCUCCUGGAAAUCCACCACCCCAAGUCACCUGGACAAGAGCCAGUGGCCGCCUCUCCUCCAACCACCAGGUUCUGGGCAGUCAGCUGCGUAUCCUGUCAGCCUCUCAAGAGGACUCAGGAGAGUAUAUUUGUCGGGUGCAGGGCAACCCUGGAAACUCAGGAUCUCAAAUCCGCCAGGCCUCUGUAUCUGUGUCAGUCACUUCAUCUUCUUCACGUCUUCAGAGUCCAAUCAUUGCCAUUGAGCCCCACAGUGCUGCAGUGCGUGUGGGGGAGUCAGCCAGCUUCAGGUGCAGGGUCUACAGCGGAGAAGAGCCUGUCAGACUGGAGUGGAAACUGGCCAACAACCAGCCACUGCCAGAUAAUGUCAAAGUUGGACCUGAUGGUUCUGUUCUUACCAUUACCAACGCCCGCCCUGUCAACCAUGGUGCUUACCGUUGUGUGGCGAGCAACCUAUACGGCAUCACCCACACCAUUGUGUCUUUGAUUGUCAAAGAGUCUCCUGUGGCCACCGUCACCCCUGUUGGACCUGUGCGGAUCAGGGUGGGUGAACCCAUCAACCUUGAGUGCCAGGCAUCAGGAGAGCCCCGCCCUUCAGUCUCAUGGCACAGGCUGGAUAGCAACCGUAAGACCAUGCUGAGCAGCCCUGUGCCCAUGGAGUCCAAUGCCGUCAUGCAGAUACUUGUGGCACGUCCAGAAGACAGUGGCAUGUAUGUGUGCACAGCUCGCAACAAUGAGGGCACCACUGAGACCAAGGUGGAGGUGAUCGUUGAGGGAGGAUCUCAAGUGCCCUCUGUGCCCAGGGCAUCUGUUCCUGAGCCGCUGAUGGUUGUGGUGGAAGGACAGACCACAACACUGCACUGUGAGGCCCACGGUUUCCCAUCCCCGACAAUCACCUGGUCCAAGCUGAGGUCUCCUCUACCUUGGAGACACAAGGUGGUGAACAAUAGCCUGGUGCUGCCCGGCGUGGGCCGCCAAGACUCUGGAGAAUACAUCUGCACUGCCACCAACAACAUGGGCACCACUGAAGUCACCAUCAUGCUCGAUGUAGAGACUCCUCCUUAUGCCACGUCUCUGCCUGAUGAUGUGGCAGUGCGGGUUGGGGAGGUGAUCAGGUUGCAGUGCCUGGCCCAUGGCACCCCUCCGCUGACCUACACUUGGACCAAGGUGGAUGGAAACCUGCCCCCAAGGGCCCAGGUUAACGGUGGAGAUCUCCAGAUCAACCUGGCUACUGCUGAGGAUGCUGGGAGCUACAAGUGUGUGGCCGGCAACAAAGUGGGCAGCAGUGAAGUGGUUGCUAAAGUCACAGUCAGAUCCCCCUUGGCAGUCCGUGUGUCACCCCAGGUUGAGGUAAAGGCCCAAGGCAGUGCUGUGGAGUUCACUUGUUCGGCAGCAGGUGGAAUAGAAACCAAAAUUGAGUGGCUGAAGGAAGGAGGUUCCCUGCCACCAAACCAUCAUAUCAAGGAUGGGGUGCUCAGGAUUGAGAACCUCGAGCAGAGCAAUGAAGGUGUUUAUAUCUGCAGAGCCAGCAGUGUGUAUGGUCAGGCUCAGGACACUGCCAGGCUGACCAUCCAAGCUUUGCCAAAGGUGAUGAUCAAUGUGCGUACUUCAGUGCAGACUGUGAUGAUUGGGAACUCUGUGGAGUUUGAAUGUCAGGCUGUUGGUGAUCCUGAGCCCACAGUGAAGUGGAGUAAAGUUGGCGGCUCUCUGCCGGCCCACAUCAUGGUAAAGGGAGGCAUGCUGAAGAUCGAGCAGGUGACGGAGGCUGAUGCCGGGCAGUAUCGCUGUACAGCCACCAAUGAUGUAGGCUCAGUACAGUCCCAGGUGGUCCUUAACGUCCAGUCACUUCCUCAAAUUGCUGCGCUGCCAGAAACUAAGGAGGUGACAAUAGGGUCUGACGCAGUCUUGCCCUGUGUGGCGUCAGGAUACCCUGUACCUGACAUCAAAUGGUCCAAGCUGGAAGGAGAGCUUCCUCCUAAGUGUUUCCAGGAAGUCAAUGUGCUCACGGUUCCUGGGGUCACCCCAGAGGAUUCUGGGACAUAUGUCUGCACUGCCUCUAACAAACAGGGCAAAGUGGAAGCCUUUACUACACUUGAAGUUCAUGAGAGAGUGAUGCCAUAUUUUGCCCAGGAGCCCCUGUCCUACCUCACUCUGCCCACCAUCAAAAAUGCCUACAAGGCUUUCAGCAUCAAGAUCAACUUUAGACCUGAUAAUGUUGAUGGUCUCAUAUUGUAUGCUGGUAUGAUCCUCUACAAUGGCCAGAGGAGGACUACAGGAGCUGACUUUAUCUCUCUGGGACUUGUUGGCGGUCGCUUAGAGUUCAGGUUUGAUGUGGGCUCCGGCAUGGCCACCAUACGUGACCCUAACCCCAUCAAACUGGGAGAGUUUCACACAGUUGAACUGUAUCGAAACCACACCCUGGGCUAUAUCAUUGUAGACGGAGGGGAGCCCAUCAACGGCAGUUCACAGGGCAAGUUCCAGGGCUUGGAUCUGAAUGAGGAGCUGCAUGUGGGUGGUUACCCCAACUACACAGUCCUCGCCAAAACUGCUGGCAUCAAGACCGGGUUUGUUGGCUGUAUCCGUCAGCUGGUCAUUCAAGGUGAGGAGGUCAUCUUCAAAGAUCUUGACCGCAGCUCCACUGGUGUCACAAACUGUCCCACCUGCAAAGAUCACCCAUGCCAGAAUGACGGGAGGUGUGAGGACUCAGAUGCCAGCUUGUAUAAGUGCAGCUGCCUCAAAGGAUUCACAGGCAGCAAUUGCCAGCACCACUCAUCCCUGCACUGUCACUCAGAGGCCUGUGGACCAGAUGCGACUUGCAUCAAUCGGCCAAACAGCCUGGGUUAUGACUGCCGCUGUCAUCUUGGCAAGUUUGGAAACAAAUGCAUGGAUGGGGAACUGGUGACCACUCCACUGUUUGACGGUGAGGAGUCAUACAUAGCCUAUCCUCCCCUGACCAACAUCCAUGACGACUUGCGUGUUGAGCUGGAGUUCAAACCGCUGGAGAGAGAUGGCCUGAUGUUCUUCUGUGGGGGGAAGAAAAUGAAGGUGGAGGACUUCGUAGCCAUCUCCAUGGUGGAGGGACACGUAGAGUUCAGAUAUGAACUGGGCACAGGCCAGGCAGUCCUUCUGAGUCAGAAGCCAGUCUCUCUGGGUCAGUGGCACAGAGUUGUGGCCGAGCGGAACAAGAGGGCCGGCCACCUGAAGGUCGACCAAGGCCCAGUGGAGAGGAGGUCAUCUCCAGGAAAAGCCCAGGGCCUCAAUAUCCACACUGCCAUGUACCUGGGUGGAGUCCCCAACAUGGACAUCCUGCCUAAGCCCGCCAAUGUCAGCGAAAUGUUUGAGGGAUGUAUAGGAGAGGUUUCCAUCAACAACAAGAAGGUGGAUCUGUCCUACAGCUUCACAGAAAGCAGAUCCAUUCGCAAGUGUGUGGACAACAGCCCCUGUGACCGCUGGCCCUGCCUGAAUGGUGGUGACUGCAUGUUAAGUGCUGAAUAUGAAUAUCAGUGCCUCUGUAAGGAUGGCUUUGAAGGUGAGCGUUGUGAGGUGGUGAAAGACGUGUGCCAGAGCAACCUUCAAUGCCAGAAUGGCGGUAGCUGUGUUGACGGCCAGUGUGUGUGUGCUCCCGGCCACGCAGGUCUGAACUGUGAAGAAAGCCAGGUAUCCAGCUUCCCCGAGGCCCUGUGGAAUUUGGAAGCUAGCGAGGCGAAUGAUUCACCCUAUCAGUAUGCAGCUCAUUUCCACAAUAAUGGCUACAUCGCCCUUCCUAAAGCAAUCUUCCCAAGAAGUGCCCAUGACUCGCCAGAGACCAUCGAACUGGAGAUCAACACCGGCUCCUCUGAGGGUCUGAUCCUGUGGCAGGGAGUGGAGACCACUGGCGCACGCAAUUUGCGAAAGGUGCAUGCUAGUAAAAAGGAACUUGGAGAACAUGGCAAAGGCAAGGACUUCAUUAGCCUCGGCCUACAGAAUGGACACCUUGUUUUCAGUUACCAGUUGGGCAGUGGAGAGGCAGAGAUCUUGUCCCGGAAGUCCAUCAAUGAUGGGAGAUGGCAUAAGGUUACGGCAGUCAGAACUGGAAAAGACGGAUACAUCCAGAUCGAUGGAGGAGACGCACUACACGGACAGUCUAAGGGCAAAAGCCUCAUGGUCAACACCAAAGGCAGUAUAUACCUUGGUGGAGCACCAAACAUGGCUGCUAUGACAGGAGGGAAGUUUUCCUCGGGAAUGACAGGCUGCGUGAGGAACCUGACACUGAUGAACGCCCGGCCGGGACAGCAGCCAGCCCAAGCCAUCGACCUGCAAUCCCACGCAGCCCACGGCAACGUGCAGCCAUGCUCUUCAUAGACCGCAUCAUACACAUGCAAAGACAAACACACACAUACACAUAUACACACAGAGACUAUGGAGUGAUGCCACACACACACACACACACACACACGCACACACACACACACACACACACACAGCAGACUCACACAGAGGGACUGACACACAAUAGAACCUGACACAAACUUGGUGCUUUGCUGCUACCAAAAAACAAGACGACACAACAGGAUACGUUUCUCUGUGUGCAGUUAAACCAAAAAAGAGAAAAAUUGAAACGAUAUUAACAAGUCUUCUCUUCCUCAGUGUUGUAUUCUCAAUGAAGGACUAUUAACACAGGAGAACCAGUUCAGUUUACAUACUUCCAGCAGUAGUUUUAGCCAUGAGAAGAGUAAGAGUAAAACGUAUUAAGCCUUCUACGAUGGGUCAGAUCCUAUGGAGUUGGAGAUGUUUUUACAGCACUGAAUUUUUAUUUAUAUACAUAUGAAUAUAUAUAUAUAUAUAUAUUAUAUUUGUGGGGGAAAACAUGCAAACUAACCAUAACUGCUCUUCAACUUUCCUAGAGUUUAUUCUGGGUUCUAAUACUGUGUGUCCAGCGGUUUUUAUAGGCCUAACUGUAUUAAUACUUGAAGACGUUUAGGCCUUCUUUCUUCACUUCUGUAGAGGAACCUUUUUUUUUUUUUUUGCGCGAGCAUGCUUGCAGUCUUUUGCCAAUGUUGGGAGAGGAGCGCACACGGUCACAGUCACAUGCAGCUUCAGUACACAACUCAGGUCGUCAAAAACAAAUUAAUAACCGCAAAUGUUACAAGUACUGCUGCUUUAACUCAACUGAAAUGAUUUUGCUUCACGAGUCAUUUGCCUUCACAACACUGUUGUGUCUUCUGUGUCUGUAUUUGUUCUUUUUUAUAAAAAAAAGAAAGAAACCUUGGUGCUAACGUCAGACAUGAAGAUACAGCACAUAGUCAUAUGGUUGCCUGUUGCAUUGUAGAAAUGUACAUGUAGAGGUGUCUUUUAGUAAUUUGGUUCCUUAGAUUAAGUAUGCUUCCAUGUAAAACAGAAUACAUUAGUAUUUGCUGAUGUGCAUGGCAUUUGAGGUUUAUUUUAUGAUGAUAUGGCAUGAUUUGUUGCCUCCACAACCUUAUUUGAUUGAGUAGAUCUCAAAAAAGGAGUUUUUAAAAACUGAAAAGGGUGUAAUUUUUUAUGUGUGGUUGUCGAAAAUAUUGUUUUAUGUGUAAAACUAUCUGCCAGUCAGGUAGAUCAGUAUCAAUUGAGAAUGAGUGUGUGUGCUAAGUAGAUAUGUUGGCUAUCUAUGUCUCCAUUUCUCACAGGUCACUCUAAAGCCCCAGUAUAGAGUCAGGUGUGUGUGUGCGUGUGUGUGUGUGUGUGCGUAAGUGUGUGUGUGUGUCUGUGCAUGUGUUAUUAUCCAUAUCCUCAGGAGGGUCAACCCAGAACUGCCUCAAGAUGUUACUUAAUUUUCAAUUUUGGUAGCUUUAGUGACACUUCAGUAAGCUAUAAAACUUUGAAGGCUCUGUGGUUCUGUAGGUUGUUUUCUCUUCAGAGGGAGAGUCAUCUGCAGUAGGACACAGUUGGAAUAGUGUUUGGUCAUGUGGGAAUGCAGUUGAAGCCUCCUGCAGGUGCUGUGACCAGUAGUGUAGCUCUAAUAAAGCAUGCUCGGCCGCCGUAGUUGACCACACCACAAAACCACAAUGGCACGAUCACUUUGGGGUUCACCAACCUUUUUUCUUGUUUUUUGUAAGCUUAAAAAAAAUAUUUGUAUUAAUAUUCUAAAAAUGAGCACUAUCCUUUCACUUAGAGUUGCUUCAUUUUUAUUUAUUUUAUGUUUUUGUUUCUCUUUUCCUCCUUUUUCAUCACUUUCAAGGCUUGAUUCUGCUGUUUUAGAGUCAAUCACAGAAGCUUGCUAUUUUCUUUCCUCUGGUUAUUGUGUAUUGCCUCCCACAUCCCCCUGUCCCCACCCGCACCCCCCACCCCCACCCC